CUCCGCGUUUUCACUCCGUUUUCUCAACUCGAUAAAAAUUCAUAUUUUUUUUAGAAAUAGACGUACAACACACGUGAAUAUCCACCGACGUUCAAAAUAAUUCGAGUACCACUAUAAAUACAAUAUGACAUUCAGUUUCGUGUGGUGCGUCGUGGUGAGACGUUCGGAGUGACUCUCCAAUUAAAUAUUAACAAAUAUAGAAUUUUAAAAUUGUUGAAUCGUUGAAACGAGCCAACAGCAACAAAAAUCCACGAGCAAACACUCAAAUCAUGUGAUCAAAACAAUCUCAUCAGUUUGCGAUAUCAUUACAACGAAUUGAAUUUCAAAUUAAACAUAAACAAAUGCCUUCUACGGUAAUUACAAUCUCAUUAAACCAAAGUUACGCAAUAAAUCAGAAAAUUAAAUCAAAUGUUUAAAUGAUGUGAUAAAAAUUAUUCGGUUUUCGGGGAUUUCAAUUGAAUUUGAAAUGUAAUUUUAAUCGGAUUUUAAUGAAUUUUAGUGGGUCAAUGUUAAAUGUUGAAUGUUAAUUGAGAAUUUAUAAUUGGUAAUUGGGAAUUGAGGAAAAUGGAACGACUGAGUUUGGCGGAAGUAAUGAGACGCAAGGAUAAAAGACGUAGACGUGGGUGGACGGUGGUUAUUGGUCAUGAAGUGCGGUUCAAAGAGACUGAGCCGCCAAUCGAGCGCGCGAUAUUUUCCGAUCAAUACAGUCAUGGCGAGGACCUCAUUGUCACGCCCUUCGCACAAAUCCUCGCGUCACUGCGAUCAGUCAGAAAUAAUUUCCUUUCCCUUACAAAUGUACCCACGUCCAAAUCCCGGAGGAGCAGCGGAGCUCAAGGCGGAAAUACACCGCAGCCCCGGGCUAUUACUCCUGGAGAUGAAUCUUACAUGAAACUCGCUGUAGAGACAAUGGAGGAACUCGACUGGUGCUUGGACCAGUUAGAAACGAUUCAGACCCACCGCUCAGUCUCGGAUAUGGCAUCGCUCAAAUUCAAGAGGAUGCUGAAUAAGGAGCUGUCCCACUUCUCAGAGUCUUCCAAGUCUGGCAAUCAAAUAUCUGAGUACAUCUGCAGCACUUUCCUCGAUAAGCAACAGGAACUCGAUUUGCCAUCGUUGAGAAUUGAAGAUGCUGUUGCUGCAACCAGUGCUGAUACUAGAACAUCCAAGAAGAAGGAACGCACACAGCGUGGACCUGCAGCAAUGUCGCACAUUAGCGGUGUUAAACGUCCAUUGACGCACACUAAUAGUUUCACUGGUGAACGCGUACCGAAUUAUGGGGUUGAAACCCCACAUGAGGAGCAGUUGGGAAAGGUUCUUUCGGAUAUCGACAAGUGGGGAAUCGAUAUAUUCAGAAUAGCCGAGCUCAGUAACAACAGACCAUUGACCUGCGUGGCCUACACAGCAUUUCAGAGCAGAGAUCUACUGAAAUCAUUGGCAAUACCACCGAAAACAUUUGUCACAUUUAUGAUGACACUUGAGGAUCACUAUGUCAAGGACAAUCCCUUUCACAACAGCCUUCAUGCAGCUGACGUCACACAAUCGACGCAUACGCUACUCAAUACACCGGCGCUAGAGUCGGUCUUUACACCACUCGAAAUUACUGCAGCUCUAUUCGCUGCUACGAUACAUGACGUCGAUCAUCCGGGCCUCACCAAUCAGUUCCUCAUUAAUUCAAGCUCGGAACUGGCUCUCAUGUACAACGACGAGUCUGUCCUGGAGAAUCACCACCUGGCAGUGGCAUUCAAACUCCUCCAAAACGAGGGCUGUGACAUAUUCGCCAACAUGACAAAGAAACAGCGUCAGACCCUGAGAAAAAUGGUGAUAGACAUGGUGCUGUCCACAGACAUGUCGAAGCACAUGUCCCUAUUGGCUGAUCUCAAGACAAUGGUCGAAACAAAGAAAGUUGCGGGAUCAGGUGUUCUACUCCUGGACAACUACACCGACAGAAUUCAAGUUCUUGAGAACCUGGUGCACUGCGCUGACCUCUCCAAUCCCACAAAACCCCUGGAUCUCUACAGAAAGUGGGUGACACUCCUGAUGGAGGAGUUCUUCCUCCAGGGUGACCGCGAGAGAGAGCAGAACAUGGAUAUAAGUCCAAUGUGCGACAGACACAGUGCAACAAUCGAAAAAACCCAAGUUGGAUUCAUUGAUUAUAUCGUUCAUCCCCUGUGGGAGACCUGGGCUGAUCUCGUUCACCCAGAUGCACAGGAGAUUCUUGAUACACUUGAGGAGAACAGAGACUGGUAUCAGUCUAUGAUACCGCCAUCACCACCACCUGAUGACAGGAGUGGAGAUCAGUCCUCGGACAGGAUUCAUUUUCAGGUGACGCUGGAGGAAGGGGAUGAAUCUGGUGAGAAUGUCGAUGACAGUGGAACCGAAGCUGAGGGCGAAGCUGGUGAUGCCUCAAAUGAUCCUGGAAUGUGACGGAAAUUGGCGGGUAUUUGCAAAAAACUCCAUGAAAAAUUUCAGCAAUCCUGGUGGCGUGUACACCAGUAAAUGCUUUUCUCCCUUUGCACGUCAUUGCUUCAAUAGGAUUAAUGACGAUGUUUAAAAUACUUUGAUGAUGUCUCAAAUGGUCGGUGAGUUAAAAUCAUCGGCUGGACCGAUCUGCAAGCCGAUCUGUCGUAAUGUCAACACUGAAAUCAUUUGCGAAUGCCGAAAACGUAGAGAUAUAGGUUUAAAAGAAAAAUGAAUUGUUGGAGGGGGGGAAUCUCAGAUAAGUACCUGCAAGGUUUGAAAAUUGAUCGAGGGGUGGGAAUAGGGGGAGAUUUUUACGAGUCUCUUAUGUGUUUGAAAUCGUCGGGAUGUGAAGAGACGACAUAUCAAGCAGAAAAUGAGGAAAGAAAUUGUUAGUACCUAAUUCCAGGUUGUUAUCGAUCUCAAGAAUGGGAGAAUUGUUGCCAUCGACUCAAGCUCGUCGAGCCCGUUAUCAGCGGUCUCAAAAUUAUUAAUCCAUUUACGCCCAUUAACUUUGAGUUUACUCUCAAUUUUUUUUUUCAUCUUCUCUGAUUGUUUUCUUUACCUAGCGAAAAUGUUUCAACAUUUUAUAUUAAGUAUUGAGUCUGUUGCAACAGAGCUGGUCUCUGUUAUCUCGAGUUUUCUUUUUUAAUAUUAUUUGUUCACAUUCAGAUAUCAAUUAGUCAUGAUAAAAGUUUUUUAGACUUGAAAUCACGUACAAUAACAUUCAAUUUUUUUAACCAAAGAGUAACUUUAACGUAUGGAUUUGAUGUUCUUUUUUUUUUUUCAUUUUUCUUGUUUGCCUAGUUUUAUCGAAUUGACUAGAGAAUUACGGAUGUUGAAAGUGAUAAGAGAUAAUUCGUGUUUUAGGGACGAGUUUAUCAUCAUUGGAUUAUUCAGAUACGCGAAUUAUUUUCCAUCCAGUGUAUACAGAUAAUCGAUUAUUUUUUUGGAGUUGAAUCAAAUGUCAGGAGAGGAAGAAGAAAAUUGUUGAGUCGAUGUGAUUGUAUCGGUGGGGAAAGAUUACAAAGUUAAACAAGACUCAAAUCGUCUCGAUUCUGAUAUAAAUAAAUAGUGAUAAAAUUUAAUUGUACCAUAGAUGACAAGUACGAGUGUGAAAAUGAACAGAUAAGACAGCCCAAAGUCGUUUUAACUUCUGUAAUUUGUGUCAUACAUAGACGAACCAUUUAAGUUGAAGAGUGAAACUUUAACAAAAUUGAGAAAACCAAAAAGAUGGUGAGGGGAGGGAUGGGGGAGGGGGAUGGAGUGAAUGUGGAUGUUUGGUGCUGGACACCAAGUCUAGGGUACAUAAUUUAAGGUCUAUAAUUACGGAUAGAAGGUAAACAACUAAUUUAUCAAAGAAAGAAAUUAAACAAUCCUCCAAUGCAUGAAGAAUUAAAAUAAGAGAGACAAAAUUCAUUUUCAUUUUCCUGGGUUGUCAUGACUAAUUUAAUCAUUAUGGAUUAUUUAUCUUUUUGGUUUUCACUUUCUUUUGAGUAAUUGUACAAAAAUGAAUGGAGAUAUGAAGCGUUCCUCUUUAAUUACUCGAGGCCUCGUGUGAAAAAAAAAA